CGCUGGAAGGGGGUCGUCAGAGAGGAGCAGCUCCGCUUUAGGCACAUUCCCCAGUAUCUCGUUUCUCAAGUGAAGCGCGUCUAUCUGCGCGGAGCCGUGAAUUAUAACACUCUGCAUUUGUAGAAAAGCCAGCGUAGGUCGCUACCCGGGGAGAGGAGCACCGUCCUGACCGACUAUCCUGUAGCAUUUCGGAAAUAAGCGAGGAGUUACUCUCCCAGGCGCCAGGCUUGCAUCGUGGCUCUUUCAGAAGUGGCAUGUUCGAGGGAUAAAGCGGGCAGAAUUGAACUCCUGCUUUCCCCCAAAGAGGAUUCAAUGAAAAUGUCCGUGUGCGUCCAUGAGAAUCGAAAGUCACGUGCCAGCACUGGCUCUAUGAAUAUCUACCUUUUCCACAAGUCCUCUUAUGCUGACAGUGUCCUCAUGCACCUCAAUUCAUUGCGGCAACAAAGGCUUUUCACAGAUGUCCUGCUUCAUGCCGGGAGCCGUUCAUUCCCAUGCCAUCGUGCUGUGUUGGCUGCCUGCAGCCGCUACUUUGAGGCCAUGUUCAGCGGUGGGCUCAGGGAGAGCCAAGCCAGUGAGGUAGACUUUCGUGAUUCCAUCCAUCCAGAAGUUUUAGAGUUACUGCUGGAUUACGCAUACUCCUCACGUGUAGUCAUCAAUGAGGAGAAUGCAGAGUCACUGCUGGAGGCUGGGGACAUGCUGGAGUUCCAGGACAUCCGAGAUGCCUGCGCUGAAUUUCUAGAGAGGAACCUUCACCCAUCUAACUGCCUUGGUAUGUUGUUGCUGUCUGAUGCCCACCAGUGUACCAAGCUAUCAGAGCUGUCCUGGAGCAUGUGCCUCAGCAAUUUUCCUGCUAUUUGCAAGACAGAGGACUUCCUCCAGCUGCCCAAAGACAUGGUGGUGCAGCUUCUGUCACAUGAGGAGCUGGAGACAGAAGAUGAGAGACUGGUUUAUGAAGCUGCCCUCAACUGGGUCAACUAUGACCUGGAAAGGAGGCACUGCCAUCUGCCAGAACUCCUGAGAACAGUCCGUCUGGCCCUGCUACCGGCCAUCUUCCUCAUGGAGAAUGUCUCCACAGAAGAGCUGAUCAACGCCCAGGCCAAGAGCAAGGAGCUGGUGGAUGAAGCCAUUCGCUGCAAGCUGAAGAUCUUGCAGAAUGAUGGUGUGGUUAAUAGCCCCUGUGCUCGGCCAAGAAAAACCAGCCAUGCCCUCUUUCUUCUGGGAGGGCAGACCUUCAUGUGUGACAAGCUGUACCUGGUGGACCAGAAGGCCAAAGAGAUCAUCCCCAAGGCUGACAUCCCCAGCCCCAGGAAGGAGUUCAGUGCCUGUGCCAUUGGCUGCAAGGUCUACAUCACAGGAGGGAGAGGCUCAGAGAAUGGUGUGUCCAAAGAUGUAUGGGUUUAUGACACCAUCCAUGAGGAGUGGUCCAAGGCAGCACCCAUGCUCAUUGCCAGGUUUGGUCAUGGCUCCGCUGAGUUGAAACACUGCCUCUACGUGGUAGGAGGUCACACAGCAGCGACUGGCUGCCUCCCAGCUUCACCGUCUGUGUCGCUCAAACAGGUGGAACAGUUUGAUCCAGUAGCCAACAAGUGGACCAUGGUGGCUCCUCUGAGAGAGGGUGUGAGCAAUGCAGCGGUGGUCAGUGUCAAGCUCAAGCUCUUUGCGUUUGGAGGAACCAGUGUAACCCAUGACAAGCUACCCAAGGUGCAGUGCUACGAUCCACAGGAAAACCGAUGGACUGUGCCCGCAUCUUGCCCACAGCCCUGGCGCUACACAGCUGCUGCAGUGCUGGGAAACCAGAUCUUUGUUAUGGGCGGAGAUACAGAGUUCUCAGCAUGUUCGGCUUAUAAGUUUAGCAGUGAGAGCUACCAGUGGACUAAAGUGGGUGAUGUUACUGCCAAGCGUAUGAGCUGCCAGGCUGUGGCAUCGGGGAACAAACUGUAUGUGGUGGGUGGUUACUUUGGCACGCAACGGUGUAAGACCCUGGACUGCUAUGACCCCACGCUGGAUGCUUGGAACAGCAUCACCACUGUGCCAUACUCCCUCAUUCCCACCGCUUUCGUCAGCACCUGGAAACAUCUCCCUGCCUGACUCCAUAUCCUCUACUCACCCCCUUCCAUGAGAUUUCCCUGUUUUGCAUCAUCCACUGGAUUCCAACUGUGAAGAAGCGCACAUUUUCCUCCUCAAAAAGAGAAGCGGAACAAUGAUGUACAUACACCUGCGUUCAUUUUGAUGUCUCGAACACACACACACACAUUUGAAACGUGCAGCUGUCUUGUGCUUGAAAGGACAUCUUCACCGGUAUGAUGUCAUCUCUCAUCUCUGAUAAGGAAGCUGGGACAUACCUCGUGCGGACAAACCAGACAAACUGUUGCUUGUUGUAUGAGGUUAAAAAAAAAAAAAAAAAAAAAAAAAACCCUCUUCAGCCUAGUGUAGAGCUGGCAUACCAAGCUUGUGCUUCUGACACGGCCGUGUAAGUAUGGCAAACACAUCAUCCGCCCAGCCUGCAUCUCCCCCACUUAAUCACGACAUGAUUAUGAGCUUCUGCGUCGAUGUUUUUCACUAAGAUAUAAAAAGAAGAAAAAAAAGAACUUCUUUACAGAGACUGUAAUGUAUAGCAUGAAGGAUGUACAGUUUAGAUUGAGGGAGGGAGAGUGCAAUGAUCAGCGUGCUAAAGGACAAGAGAGCAACUCAAGUCGUCCGAAUCCAGCUGAUCCAUCAGUGGCACAAAGAAGGAGCAAAUCUCCCCUCUCUAUCCUCGACUAAGCUCCUCUGUUUAACCGCGCCACCCCCUAUCUUUUUUUUUUUUUUUUUUUUUUUUUUUAUUCAGGAGGGAUUCUUUUGCUCUACCUAAAUCAAGGAGAUUGAUGGACAUGCUCCUGAUAUUUCUGACGCGGCAGCCCGUCUCGUCUUAUGAAGGCUUUGGCAGUUUGCUGUCACUACAAGCCAUGAGGUGUCGAUGACCGGUGCCAGCUGAAGUUGAGGAGGAUGCACAUCGGUGUGCGACUAGGGUUAGAGCUGCUUUCAGGGUCAUAACCUCGCAUGUCUGCUGGUUUUGCAGCGACACAUUAACGCCUGUCGAGUGCCAGUUACCUUAUCCGCCGCACGUGUGGGCUCACUCUUUGGAUUCAGCGCUUCAGAAAGGACACUUUUGCAAUCCGCUGUACACUAAAUGCUGUAAACGACAAUGCUGUGCUUCUGUUCUUCUGAUAAAAGCAGCAGCUCUCUCGCUGAGUCAUAGCCGAACUCUUUCCAGAGCAUGUCCACUCAUAGUAUAAUUGGCAUGAACCUCUCUGUGGUCAUAGAAAUCUUGUCACCUUAACCUGAACUGAGAAUUAAUGAGUUUCUUUUUAAAACUUGCUGCAAUGUACUUCCUUAGUCUUAAUUUAUAUGGCAAUGGUUACUUUUUUAUGUUGAUAUGUUUAAUCCUAUUUAUUGUUUCUCUGCCUGCAUUCAUAUAAGUGAAUGUCUUGUUUUGGGAUAUGUCAUGCAUGGCCAGGUGUUGUGUUUUAUUUGAUCUCAGCUGGGUUGCAUUUUGCACAGAUCAGUCUUUCCCAAGAGGAACUUGUUCUUUUUUUAAAGGGACAGAGAUACAUCGAACCCUCCGGCCUUGUUGCAUGUGAGGUUUUUUUUAAGGUUACGUCAGAGUGUGGAUGGAUUAGGAAGAAUGGUUCAGAUUACCCAUGGUGCAAGCAGUUAGGCCAGAGGGUCGCUGCCCAAAUAAGAAGACUGAAUGGGGUAAAGAAAUGAGCACUUCACCUGACAGGUUCUCGUUAAACUCCAGUCCGGGUCCAAAACUGCCUUAAAUCAGCCCCCUCAGGCCCAGCCCAAACUAUCAGCCGCCAACAGCAACAAGAUCCCAUUAAUAAACAAGAUGGCUAAGGCGUGUCGCCCUGACUGAGUAACCAUUAAAGUACACAGAGUAACCCUGUCGUGGUCAAGAAUGUGACCGUCUGUGCAGCUGUUCUUGGGACAGCUGGACCACUAUGUCACAUGUGCUUAUUUGGCCCCUUAGGAUGUCACCCUGCACCCUGCACCCGCCCCCCCCUCCCCGAGUGUCAGCCCUUUCACCAUUUGGUUGGGAAAGACGGUUAGUAGAAACCUGAAGGCUGUGCACUGAUAAGGGCAGACACCGCAGUGCUUUUCACCACAGUGUCACUGAUGCACAA